GAUUUGCAAAGAGAGUUACAAAAGUGUCGCGAUAAUAAUGAAAAAAGACUGGAUUUAAGUUCGUCAGAUAUCGUUAGUAUACCAUCAUCAAUACGUGAUUUAAUUCAGUUAACUGAAUUAUUUUUAUACAAGAAUAAGUUGACAUCACUACCAAAUGAAAUUGGUAAUUUGGUGAAUCUGACAAAGUUGGGUCUUUCCGAGAAUUCAUUAACAUCUCUUCCGGAUAGUAUAUCAGCGUUAACACAACUGGAAACGCUCGAUUUACGUCAUAACAAGCUUAGUGAAAUCCCAGCGGUGAUCUAUCAAAUCAACUCGCUAGAAACGCUCUGGUUGCGGUACAAUCGCAUCGUAUCGGUUGGUGCAGAGAUCGGUCGAUUGAAACGUCUGAAAAUGAUUGAUCUCAGAGAGAAUAAAAUACGAGAACUACCCGUUUCGAUCGGUGAUAUUCCGUCGUUGAUUGUCUGCUUGUUGUCUUAUAAUCACUUGAAAACGAUUCCCGAUGAAAUUGGGAAUUGUACUGAGUUGACUCAACUAGACCUGCAACAUAAUGAUCUCGUUUCAUUGCCCACAACAAUGGGUAAUCUGUCGAAUUUGAUUCGUUUGGGUAUUCGUUAUAAUAAACUGCGACAACUACCAUCUGGUAUCUCAAAUUGUCAUAAACUCGAAGAAUUCAUCGAUGGUAUGUUAACAUCGUUACCAAAUCUGAAAACGAUCAAUUUGAGUAGGAAUGAAUUGACAAAUUUUCCGACUGGUGGUCCACAACAGUUUGCAUCUGCAGUGACAAUCAAUAUGGAACACAAUUCAAUCAGCAAAAUUCCAUUUGGUAUUUUCGCGAAAGCGAUUGGUUUAACGAAACUAAACUUGAAAGAGAAUGCACUUACCUCAAUGCCUCUUGAUAUGGGUGAUUGGACUGCAAUGGCAGAGCUAAACUUAUCAACAAAUCAGCUGCGUGUUUUGCCAGACGACAUUGACAAGUUGAUCAAUCUCGAGGUUCUUGUUCUAAGCAAUAAUCAGCUGAAGAAGUUACCGUCACAGAUCGGUUCGUUGAAGAAACUUCGCGAACUCGAUUUGGAAGAAAAUGAACUGGAUUCAAUUCCAAGUGAAAUAGGAUUUGUUACAACACUCACGAAACUCUGGAUUCAAUCGAACAAAUUGGUCAGCCUUCCAAGAACAAUCGGAAAUUUAACGAAUCUUACGGAUCUAAGGGCUGGAGAGAAUAAUUUGACAUGCUUACCGGAAGAAAUUGGUAAUCUGGAUUCGUUAAAGAGUCUUUAUAUUAAUGACAAUUCAUCAUUGCAUAAUCUGCCAUUCGAAUUGGCACUAUGCGCAUCCUUAGAGAUUAUGUCUAUCGAGAAUUGUCCACUCUCACAAAUACCACCUGAAAUUACGGCCGGUGGACCAUCACUUGUUAUUCAGUAUCUGAAAAUGCAAGGACCAUAUAGAGGAGUGGUUAUGAAUAUGUGA